GCUGAUGGUGACAAUCAGUCAAGUUGAGCUGGCUUUACUCUGUCCCUCUUCAUGUUUGGUGUGCUCUGAGGAUGUCAUCAUCUGUCAGAAACUCAUGAGCAUCAUUGAUGCACCAGGCUCCACUAAAGCCUUGAUGCUGACUGAUGGACUCAUUGAUUCGGUGGGCGGCAUGGUCUUCUCUGAUUUAUCCAACAUGAGUGUUCUGGCGCUCAGUAACAAUGCCAUUUCCAGCAUCACUGAGAACGCUUUUCAGAACCUCACCUUCCUCAUGACACUAUCGCUGGACCACAACCGCAUCUCCAGCCAAGCCUUAAACGGCUCCACAUUCUCCUGGCUCCACAGACUGGAGACUCUGCAGCUUAGCAACAACCACCUGAAAGACAUUGACGGGUCCUGGUUUCAGAGCUCCAUAGCUUUAAAAACACUUCAGCUGGAUGGAAACCUUCUCACAAGCUUGAACUCCACCACCUUUGCUCAUGCAGACCUGAGGAACCUGGAAAUCUUGGAUUUGUCAGACAACCUCAUCAUGAAUUUGGGACGCGAAAGCUUCAGCAGGCUUCCUAGCCUGCGCAGGCUUGAUCUAUCCCGGAAUAAUCUCAGCAGCGCACCGGAUGCCUUCUCAUACCUGUCGUGGCUCUCAACGCUAAACUUAGAUCUGAACCGCUGGAGUUGUUCGUGUGAGCUGAGAGAACUGGCCUCCUUCCUCAACAGCUUCAUUCAGGCUCCUGAGAAUGUGUUGUACAAUGGGCAGAAGAUGGCGUGUGUGAAUGCUGAUAAUCCAUCUGUGCAGACUGUGCUGGAGCUGACCGAUGCUAACUGUGUCCCACCAAACAGCAACAUCACAGUGGAGGUCGUGGCCAAAAGAAGUAACACUUCUCAGCAGUACAUCAGAAAUGUUGCAAUUGCCAUUGUGUUUUCAUUUUUGGGUGGUGUUGGGAUCACUCUGGGAAUAAUCGCCAUUGCAUAUCACAAACUUAGUAAGAAAUUCAAACUGAUGCAGGAGGAACCUGGAGCUUCAGAAAGGAUCACAUCCAGCCCUGAAACGGCCCAGUGGAAUUUCUGUGAGGGCAAAGACACUCUAUCCAUGAGCCAUGCUCUGUACAACAGCAACUACAAAUCCCACCAGCCCUGGGACAGAGAAGACUCACCAUACGGGUCAGACGAGCUGGAGAAUCACUUCACCUGCCACAAGUGCAGCUCUACAGCUCUUACAGGAGGAAAACCCAACAGAGAGACUGUCCUGCAGAAAACAACAGAAGAUCUGCAGAAAAAUCACAUGAGUGAGCAUCUGGCUCAUCGCCGUCAACAUAACGGCAAUCAGCAACAUUCAGUGUUGCAACAAAGGAUCAAAGACAUGCGUCUAAAAAGACAAGCAGAAAGAAACUCAAAAAGUCAUCUGGCUGGUCAGGACUUUACUUCCCAACGUCUUGGGGGUCCAGACGACGUCUCAGCUGUCAGAAUCCAGCAGCUGGCCCUCAGUAAUCAUUUCUCAGCCCUCCAGAGAGGCCCAUUCAGACCUCCAAACCAAAUCUACAAUGAAGAAACUCAAGCAAAUCACUCACUGUUAAAGCACCAGGCCUCGGAAACCAUCCCGCAGCCGAUUUACCAAACCAUCAGCUGUCUGCACUGCCAUCAGACCUAUGAAUACAGGCAAGCUCAGAGUAACAACCACGACUUCCCCUUUACAAACCACUCACAGAACAGAGCACAAAUGUACGACGCUAUGCUCUACAGAGACAUCUUGGGUUACAAGAAGAGAGAUGCAGACGGACUUGAUGAAAGUGAGCUGGGAUUUAAGUUAGCUUCUCAGAGGAGUGUUACUUUUGAUCUCACAAUGCCUGAAGAACGAACAGUCGACAGACACAAGAACCAAACAUCUGUACAGAAAAGCCAGCGAAAGAGCAGCGCACAAAAACCCCACAAAUCCAGAGUACAAACCAAGAAGACGCUGAGAGUGAAGUUAAAUUUAGACCCUCUCAGGAAAAACAGAGUUCAUCCCAAGUCCAAAAGCGAAGAUUCUAAGGAAGAUGACAAAAAGAGGAAGGAGAAGCUACGAAGCAAAAAGAAAACGAGCAAAAAGCGGAAAGAAGAUUCUAAUGGAAAUGAAGAAACCUUAAAUAAGAGACACGCUGAAACGAGAGUAAGCAAAUCUGUGCCUGAAGAAACAGAACAGAACUCUACUCCUGCUGAAGGAGAAACUCAGCCAUCAGAUGCUAUCUUCAGCAGUAUUUCAGAAGCUCAGACACCAUCAGCUCUUACUGUAACUCCUCCAGAUGAUGCCUCCGACGCUCAGCCAAUGUCAGAUGCUCCACUUCCAGUAGGUGAAUCUGCUGCUUCAGUAGAUGUGCUGGAUCAGUCCAGCAGUUCAGAUCUCACCAGUUCUGCUGCACCGCUCAUACAAGAAUACGUAUCUUCAAGUGAAGGAUCCUUCAAGUUAAGACUCAUCCUGCCUGAAAAAACCUCCAACAGGCCACAAACGGCACUAGAUAAGAAAAUCAGAUAGCGUAUAAAGAUAGGACAUGAAUUUUCAUUAUACAGUCCCUGACAAAAGUCUUGUCUCUUGUAUACAAAUUGACUUGAAGU